AUGUUGUUCCUUUCAAGGGCAGCGCGGCUGCAGCUGCCGCUGCCGCAGUUCACCAGGGAUCGCUUCUUCAGGCGGCCUAACAUGCUGGAGGCAGACAAGGCGAGGGUUUACUAUUGGAACCUCUUCAGCAUUGCAGUCACUGCCCUUCCUAUUUGGUACAUGAUGACGGUAAACUACCGCUUCUGUGAGGAGUCUGUGAUGCUGUCGGAGGCCCUGGGGUCUGCGGGCCCCACCAAGACCGACUUGGGGCUCUUCUUCCCUCACAAACUUAACAAAACCGCAGACUCCUGA